CCGGACAUCCUGAACGACAAACAGGCAGACAGCAGCCACAGCGGGAAGAGCGUGGGGACAAGGGCGAGGGGCCAGGGACCAAGAGACAGCACAGGGAGACUCACCCUGGAGACCCAGGAGCCAGAACAAUAGCAAGACAGGGACAGGGAGGGUGUGGAGAGAGAGGAGAGACAGUCAGGGAAACCUCUGGACUUAGACAGACACAGAGGGAGGCAGAGGCAGACCCUCUUGGAUGAGCUCCUCGGCCUGGGCUCUGCCAAGGCGGGCAGUGGGGCUCAGUGGGCUGGUUGCAGUGGGGCUCAGGUAAGGGGCACUUACCUGAGAGCCAGCUGACACCAGGUGACCCCAAGAUGGAGCUCAGGGACCCCAAGAACCACGAGGAUGGGGACCCGGAGGAGGACACAGCCACGGCCCUCCAACGGCUCGUGGAGCUGACGGCCACCAGGGUGACCCCAGUGAGGAAUCUGCGUGUUCAGUAUCGCCUCAUCCGAAAACUCGGCUCCGGCUCCUAUGGCCGCGUGCUCCUUGCCCGGCAUCGCCAAGGGGGUCCGGCUGUAGCUCUGAAGCUCCUACCUCGGGACUCGGUCCUGAGAACCACCUUCCUGAGAGAGUUCUGCGUAGGCCGCUGUGUGUCAUCUCAUCCAGGCCUGCUCCAGACCCUGCCGGGCCCCCUGGAGACACCCCGACACUUUGCCUUCGCCCAGGAGUAUGCACCCUGUGGGGAUCUCAGCGGGAUGCUGCAGGAACGGGCCCUCCCAGAACUGCUGGUAAAGCGGGUGGUGGCCCAGCUAGCUGGAGCCCUGGACUUCCUCCACGGCCGGGGGCUGGUCCACGCAGAUGUCAAGCCAGACAACGUGCUGGUCUUUGACCCGGUCUGCAGCCGUGUGGCCCUGGGUGACCUGGGUCUGACCCGGCCUGAGGGCAGUCCAACCCCUGCCCCCCCAGGACCACUGCCCUCCGCCCCACCUGAGCUCUGCCUCCUGCUGCCACCUGACACCCUUCCCCUGCGACCAGCAGUGGACUCCUGGGGCUUGGGGGUGCUUCUCUUCUGCGCCGCCACUGCCUGCUUCCCAUGGGAUGUGGCGCUGGCCCCUGACCCUGAGUUCGAGGCCUUUGCUGGCUGGAUGACCACCAAGCCCCAGCCACCUCAACCACCCCCACCUUGGGACCAGUUUGCGCCCCCAGCUCUGGCAUUGCUCCAGGGGCUUCUGGACCUGGAUCCUGAGACUAGAAGUCCCCCACUGACUGUCCUGGAUUUCCUGGGGGAUGACUGGGGGUUAAAGGGGAACAAAGAGAGAGCUAGGGGCCUGGGGAGGAUGUCCAGUGAGGAUGUGGAGGAGGAGGAAGAGAGGGGAGCAAGCCUGGAAGAGUGGUCAGAGGAGGAGGAUGGCAACAAAAGUGGUGGGAGGAUGGGGACAGAUGGGGGAGAGCCCUGA